AAACAAGCUCUCUCAGUAUUGAAUUUUUCCUUUCCCCAGGAGUUCUAUAAAAAUAGUGUUUUCUUGCCAGAGACACUGGGGCCUCAGAACUACUGACCUCCUUCUAUGAACAUAUUAUACGGUUUGUGUUUGGCUUAGGAUCUCUUUAACAGCCCAUCCAGCUCCACUGUGAGAGGCUGACUCAGCAGAACCCUCCAGACCAUCCCCACUCUUCGGGGUUACGUGCCCUUCCCUGCCAGCCUGGGGCAGACGGGGAGCUGGUGCUGUGCCCGUCCCCUGCACGCCGCCUCAGGGAUGGCACACCGCAGCACUGCCUCCUUCUGUUCCCAGGUCUCAGUGCUGCCAAGUGCCGCGGAGUCAGGAAUCCAGCCAGUUUGCUGUAGGUGUUUUCCAGAGCCUGUUGUUAGGGCUCAGGUUGGAGCAGGUCUGUCACUUUUGUUCACAGCCUGUUCAGGGACUGCCUUGGUGCUCUCAGCAAUGUUCUCCCCCUGCGCCUGACUCCCGCCCUGUUCCCCAUGUCUCCGUCUUACCCUCUGGUCCACCCGAGUGUUUGCCAGAGAUUCUCUUUCCCUUCCCGUUGUUGAAAUCCUGACAUGAUCCCAAAGGUUUUAGGAGUGGAAGAUUCUACACGCAUACCUCUUCAAGUGUUUUAUUAUGGAAAUUUUGGAAUAUAUUCAAAAGUAGAGGAAACAAUAUGGUCAGCCUCAUGUACGUGCCACUCAGUUUCACGAUCUUAUCUCAUCUGCACCUCUUCCCAGUAACUUCGUCCCCACACGUCACAUCAUUUCUAGUCUUCUGUGUUAAAGAAUCCCAAACUACUCCCAGUUGACUGGAGAGAAAGGGGUCUGUGAAUUCCCCUCCAGGUUUCGUGUCAUUUAGCCCAGCCACCGCUCUCAUCUCCCAGGCUGCCAGUCAGCUUGGGGGUGGGUGUUCCUUGCUGUCCUGCUGCGGUCCCCUGCUGUGGGGCACUCGGCAGGAGAACAGGAUCCUUUACGAGUGGGUAGCUUAGCUGGGAAGGGAAGGCUGUUUCAGGCAUGACGGGGACAAGGCAGGAAAAGGAAAGGGCUUGGGUCAACCUCACUGUCGGGUCCACUGGACACACUUGUUUUUGUCCUGAGUGUCAGUCCCUACGAACAAAUAAAUUCCCCAGGACAAAAGCACCUGAUUCCUGGGAUACCAAAGCUGUGACCUGAUUUCCACUCCAGCCCCUCCCUUCCCCAGCAACAGGCAACACCGUUCUCCUGUGAGGGAUUCAGCACCUCGUCCUUUCUCCCUUGCAGAUGCAGUGGCAGAACGUGGAGCACGUUGGGGACCAGAGCCCCUACGUCACCUCUGUCAUCCUGCACAUCAAGCAGAACGUCCCCAUCAUCCGUGACAACCUGGCCUCCACACGCAAGUACUUCACUCAGUUCUGCAUUAAAUUUGCAAACUCCUUCAUUCCCAAAUUCAUCACCCACCUCUUCAAGUGCAAGCCAAUCAGCAUGGUGGGAGCAGAACAGCUGCUGCUGGACACCCACUCGCUGAAGAUGGUCCUGCUCGAUCUCCCCUCCAUUGGCUCGCAGGUGGUGAGGAAGGCACCCGCCAGCUACACCAAGAUUGUUGUCAAAGGCAUGACCCGGGCUGAGAUGAUCCUCAAGGUAGUGAUGGCCCCUCAUGAACCGUUGGUGGUGUUUGUUGACAACUACAUCAAACUCCUCACAGACUGCAACACAGAAACCUUCCAGAAGAUACUGGACAUGAAGGGGCUGAAGAGGAGCGAGCAGAGCAGCAUGCUGGAACUCCUGCGCCAGCGGCUCCCCGCACCGCCCUCAGGGGCGGAAAGCUCCAGCUCACUGUCCCUGACGGCACCGACACCAGAGCAAGAGUCGUCCCGCAUCCGCAAGCUGGAGAAGCUCAUUAAAAAGAGGCUGUAGCGGCAGCAGGGGCCCUGCUCCUGGCCGGCCACCCUCAGCACCCCGUUCCCCAGAAGCCCCCAACCCCUCCUGUGCUCCCGGCACUCUCACAUCGUCGGUCUUCACGCUUUCGGGGACAUGUGGGUUGUCAGAGUCUCUCCCAGGCCCUGUCUCACUUCCUGCCCUAAUCGGAGAUGCUGAGCAAGGGCUGGGCUCUGAGGGCGGUUUCAACGAUCUCUGGUUCCCGAAGCAGAGGCAGCAGCGGGGGGAAGGUCCCUCAGCUGCCCUUGACUCGUGUAGCCUCCCCAUGGCAGUCGCACCCUCUGACACACGGGCCCCACCGUGCACCCACCCAUCCAGGCAACUUGAACAAGGAUGCCUGGGUCUCACUCCUCCUCCCUCCUCCCGCCGUCCUCCCUCCUCCCGCCGUCCUCCCUCCCUCUGUGGCCGGCCGAGGUUUCCCCUUCUGCCAAAGCUGAGUUUCCUCUCCCAUCUCUGGGCUUGGCCCUAGGGCCUGAGUUAAUGAAGUGGCAGGUGACAGGCUCUUCAUGGAGGCUGUGGAACCAGGCGUAUUCCCAUGGAAAUCCCAGUUUCCUGGCCCAUAUUUUGUUUCUGCUGCUUGUCAUGACCUUACAUGGCCAGUUAUCCCUGUGUUCCCACGGUUUCUCAGUUGUCUCCAAAGGAGAGAUGUCCUCUGUAUCUGUCACCCAGGAAGGGCGUAUGUGCCAGGCCUUCAAGCAGGUGUCCUGUCUGCCCUGGGGCUCCUGACUUGGGUAAGGGCAGACCCAGAUCUGACAGUGGCUCUGCCUGGCACACUCGCCGGGCUGUGUGAGCAGAUUCUUUCCUUCUUUUUUUUUUUUUCUUUUAGAGACGGGGUCUCUCUCUGUCACCCAGGCCGGAGUGCAGUGGCACGAUCUAGGCUCACUGCAACCUCUGCCUCCUGGGUUCAAGCAGUUCUCCUGCCUCAGCCUCCUGAGUAUCUGAGAUUACAGGCGUGAGCCACCGCGCCCAGCCCCUUCCUCCAAUUCUUUACUCCCACUCUGCUCCUGGCUUCUAGGGAAGGGAAACCAGGAAGUUCACUUGGAAAACGUUUCCUAGGCUUUCUCAUCCGAUGAAGCCAUGGGAACACUCAGAAGUCCAUCCCCUCGAAUCCCUUUCUGCCCACUCAUCUUCAGGUCCGCAGCACUUGCCAGCGUCAUCUGAAAUAGCAAAGGUGAUGUGCAGUGUCCCAUUUAUAUGUUCCUGUGUCAUGAGAAGGAGCCCGGGGUUUUGUGUUCCUGUGUUACAAGAAGGAGCCUGGGAUUCUGGAUGCCUCAGGAGCAGAAUAUGGACCUUAAACACCAGGCUGAGAGCCUGGCCUGGCACGCAGCCUGCCCCUGCCUGCCCUUGCUGUCCACCACGGGCUCGCUGCAGCAGGGCUUGCCGAAGAGACUGCUCCCGGCCUCUCGCAUCAUCCUGCAUCCAGAGAACAGGCAGCAUAUCGAGCCGUUAUCCUGAUUCACUCGGUUCCCUUGAAGCCAAGCCUCAGUUAACCAUGACCACAGCUACAGCCAACCACUGUUGUUGCUGCCCAUUUUUGCUCAAGAAUGAUAUCUUGACAGGCACAGUGGCUCAUGCCUGUAGUCCCAACACUUUGGGAGGCCAAGGCAGGAGGAUCGUUUGAACCCAGGAGUUCGAGACCAGCCCAGGCAACAUAGAGACCUCUACAAAAAUAAAAAUUUGCAAGGUGUGGUGGCAUGCACCUGUAGUCCCAACUGCUAGGGAAGCUGAGGUGGGCAGAUUGCUUGAGCUCAGUAGUUGGAGACCAGCCUGGGCAACCUGGUGAAACCAAAAA